GCCUGCUAGUACUGUUUCGCUGUAUUUGUCAUGCUAGUGCAGUGGUAAAGGCAGAAGGAUUACUCUGCUUUUCAGACAUUUAUUACAUGUAUGUAGCAAGUAAGCCAAUAAAAAGUAUGGACUGUACUGGGCAAUCGGACAAUACAGUGUACAGUUCUGACUCACAAUACAUACUAAACCGCCAAUUCAUAACGUGCAUUUCGUGCACAGGAGCCCUUUACAACAAUUAGUGCUAUAUUGUUUUAUCUUAUAGGGAAACUAUUACUAAAGUGUACAGCUAAACUUUUUGACUAGAAACACUACACGGGCCACCAAGUUACGAAGGCACGGGAAAAAAUGGGUCUUGACUUAGUGCUAUUUAUAAACGCUGGAGAUUCAGCUGCGCUUAAAGAACAACGGAAUGUGGAAUUUCAGAGUUAUGUUAACCAGUGUACGCUUUUUUACAUUCACCGGGUGUAUUUAUUUCUGUUUCAAUUAUCACAGUCUGGUGACUAUAUAUAAAUAAACUCAGCAGUUUAACGCCUCACGAGAACUUUGAGAAACGCUUCUUGGGGUGCAGCCAUUAACCUAGCCGCCUGCAACACUCUGCUCCCAGUGGGUGUACGAAACGUCUCGUUUGCUCUGUGUGGUGUUUUUUAUUGAUGCAUUCCAUGCAUUAGUGGGAGAGUGUUGCAGGCAGACUGGUUAACGGUUACGCUCUGGUGUUCCACACUUUCUUUAGAAGUGGAACGUUUCUGACAGCUGCACAUUGAAGCUUCAAACUUAACAGUACCCAGGACGUUACAGAAUUGGAAAUGAAAAAAAAAAAAAAACACCUAUAUUGACCCUUAGCCUGCUUCAACACUAACUGAAAACAUGGCACGCAGAUACAUUCAAAGUGUAGAACGAUAUUUCAUGUUUUAAAUAAAAAAUAAAUUCAAGUUUACUGUAAUACGUGCUGCUUUCAGAAGCGGACAUUUGUGUUCUUUAUAACGAAUGAAAGUACACAGCCUGUUAUGAAAUUAGUUUGUUAGCUACAACAACGUGUUAUUUUUCAAACAAUACAGAGCUUCUCUGUUCAUCAGGUGACCUAUCAACCAACCCUUAUGGUACACCUCCACUGGAAAAACAGGAGUGCAGGCGUCGGUGCACAGCGAGGAGUAACUAGGAGAACGUGGGGAGACUAGCUCUGGAACCAGGAGAACGUGGGGAGACUAGCUCUGGAACCAGGAGAACGUGGGGAGACUAGCUCUGGAACCAGGAGAACGUGGGGAGACUAGCUCUGGAACCAGGAGAACGUGGGGAGACUAGCUCUGGAACCAGGAGAACGUGGGGGGACUAGCUCUGGAACCAGGAGAACGUGGGGAGACUAGCUCUGGAACCAGGAGAAUGUGGGGGGACUAGCUCUGGAACCAGAAGAAUGUGGGGAGACUAGCUCUGGAACCAGGAGAACAUGGGGAGACUAGCUCUGGAACCAGGAGAACGUGGGAAAACUAGCUCUGGAACCAGAAGAACAUGGGGAGACUAGCUUUGACUUUAAUGGCAGUCAGUGCAGGUGUUAUCCACUCAACACAGUGCCGCCCUGGUGGUCAGAACUGGAAGAAACAUGCUAAUCAAGUUUCUGGAGAGCCCUCUGUGCUGCAAGGUGAACCGUGUGGGUCGAGGCAGCGCUGGCAGGCAUGGAGAACGCGUCAGUGACGAUGUCCAUGGGGGAGGUGGUAGUGGUGAAGGACGAGGAAGGGGACAGCACAGACGGCACCAAGACUCAGGUCAUUCUGCAGCUCCAGCCCGUGCACCAGGGGAUAUGUGAAGAUUCGGCCGAGACGGAUGCUGCUGUUGUAUCUGUAGAAACACACACAGAUGAGGUCUCUGUAGACGGGGAGGAGGUGGAGAUUGGCUACCCCAUCACCUGCGGGGAGAGCAAGGCUGUGCUUUUGUGGAAGAAGUUUGUCUGCCCCGGGAUCAAUGUGAAAUGUGUGAAGUAUAAUGAUCAGCUGAUUAGCCCCAAGCAGUUUGUCCACUUGGCUGGAAAGGCUACACUGAAAGACUGGAAGAGAGCCAUUCGACUGGAAGGGAUCAUGCUGAGGAAGAUGAUGGACUCGGGGCAGAUUGACUUCUACCAGCACGAGCAUGUGUGCACCAACACCUGCCGCAGCACUAAGUUUGACCUCCUGAUCAAUAACACACGCUUCCCAUUGCAGAUGACCAGCAUGGUACAGACUCCCACCUCUCCUCAAGCCAUCUCUCUGUAUAUAGGAAACGGGGGCCAGAUCACCGUGUCGGAGGAGAGCCAGGAGGAGGGCAUGGACUGGAACCCAGGCAUGACCAGCGGCAUCCCUACCAGCACCGAGCAGGAGGCCAAGAAAGACACCGACGACAUCUCGGAGGAGACUCUGAGUUUCUGGAAAGGCAUCGCGGACGUGGGUCUGAUGGGGGAAGUCGUCACGAACAUCCGCACGGAGCUGCUGGCACUGCUGAGGGGCGUUCAGCAGAGGAGUGGGCAGGCUGCCCUGCAGGAGCCAGAUGCGGCUGUGCUGAAUAACCUGGCUCAGAUGUUUGGGCUGCUGGACACGGUGAAGAGAGCUUUGGAUAAUCGGAGGAGCCAGACGGACCAGAGCCAGGAGCAGAUUCACAGCACUCUCGCAGACCUGGCGCGUCAGCUGGAGGAACAGAAGAAGCAGACUCGGGACUGGCGAGUUCAAUCCCAGCCCGUCCAAAACCUGAUGCUCAUGUCCCUGGGCACGCCCAGCAAGCCACCCCCAAAACGACCACGCCUGCAUAGACCAGCUUCUACCACCAGCACCCCUCUGCAGCAGACACAGGGGCAGCAGUUCACAGUCCUCUCCCCCAUCACCAUCUCCUCCAUGGGACAGCCUUUCACGAUGGGCGGGCUGCCAGUCCACACGCUGGCACAGCAGUCCAGUCCCAUCACUUUACACACCCUCCCUGCCGGCUCGCAGUUCUUCACGCGCUACACCACAGCCACAGUGGUGCCGGGGAACCAGGGCAAAGGCCUGCCUCAGGAGACCAUAGCUUUCCACCCAUCCGCCAGUCUGACGCUGCUCAGUACGACCGCGGUUCAGGACCCAAGCCAGCUGGUGAGCCCAGUGGAACUGGUGGAGGUGGAGCAGGAGCAGACAGCCCAGGAGGAGGAGGAGGGGCUGGUGGAGGGAGGGGGUGAGGUGGUGCUGCAGGAGGAAGAGCAGGUGAUCGGGGAGGAGGAGGAGAUGCAGACGCAGACCCACACAGUCAUCGAGAUCGACCCGGACUCCCCAGAUCACAUCCACCACCCCACAGUAAUGAAUAUUGAGCUGGAGGAGGGGACGGAGGUGGAAGACAGAGUGGAGGUACAGGGAGAGCUGGAGGUGGGAGAGGCCACAGUUCAUAUGGAGCACCAGGAGCAGCUGCACGAUGUCCAGAUUGUGGUCAUCGAAGAGGAGGCAUCAGAGGAUCACGAAGCAAAGGACACAAAUGAAGGACAGUGAGGAAGGUGGCUACUAAAUUAAGAGACCCUGCAUGGGAUUGGAUGAGGAGUCUAAUUCUCCGUACUGGAUUAUGGAUGUGUUGACAGGAGUAAAGUUGCACUGGAGUGGAGGGAGGAGAGGGUAGGUCUGUACCCUCUUGGUUAGUCCCACCACAAAUGUGGGUAUAAAUGGGACAUUUCCAGGGGAAAAAGAAGUUUUUUAAUACGCCUACAUUUUUUUUUUAAACGUAUAAAAUAUUUUUUUAUCUUACUGAUCAGUCUAAUGGGCGUGCCAUACCAGCGAUCAAAGAUAACAUUUUGGAAGACUUUCUAUAAAUAAAAAGCAGAAAAUAAAUUGUGCUCUACAGCCAGAGGAAGACUGCUGUCUAAAGUAACGAAAUGCUUAUACUUGGAAGAAAUAUAGCCAAAAUCUCCUUUGCUGUAAAUAUAGAAUUACUCACCUGUAGAUAUUUGAAGCCCAUGUUUGGAUGGACAGCUGUGGGUUGUGCAUUGGUUUAUUCGAUUUCAGAAAGCAGUGGUAUCGCUUUUUAUUUUAAAGAAGAAAAGCCAGCUUGCAACUUCUUUGCUUUUAGAACUGUUCCAUUGUGGGGGCAGGUAGAGGGAAGAGGGGGCUUUGAUGUCCAGACAGCGAUCUUAUAUUGGGGAAAGUGUUUACAAUAUACAGCAAGAAUUGUUGCAAUUCCACAGACUAAAACGACUUCAAGAAACAGGUUCACAGUCAGAAUGGUCAUGAAGCCUUCUCAAUGCAAGAUGUCCAAUGAAACCUUGGUCAAAAGUGAAAAAGACAUCUAAAAGGGGGUCAAUGAAUCCAUAUAACUAUCACUAUUCAUGCGCAAGGACAUGUGCUUCCAAGCAACCUUGAAGAUGGAAAGUUUGUUUGCAAAAUGUCUUAUUCUAUUUAAACCUUUGUUUAGGAAUUUUACAACCAAAUAACAUAAACAAUAUUGUUGCACAGCAAAUUUUGUAAUGUAACAUACCCUGUAUAUCAUACGUGUGACUGAGCGCUCCCUUAAAUGUGGACCUGAAGUAGAAUGCCCUGUCAAAAACAGUAUACUACAUAGAAUACUAUUUCCCAAGUGCACUCCAUAUCUUGUGUAAAACACAACACCCACGUACGGAGGUGUGCAAAUGCAUUAGAACACCCCAUUGCUUCUGUUUGUUGUGCAUGUGAAAUCAAACCACUGUAACCGAAAAUCUUGGAAACUUUUCAAAGUAGACAAAAUAAUUGAUGACUUUAAUAAGCCACACACUUGCAAUUAAUUUAGAAGAGCAAGAGAAAAGGCACACAGACACAAACGGU